AUGGGCAAGACAGUUGUGGUUCCCAAGUCGUGUGCGGGCGGCCUGCACGCCAAGAAGACGGCCACUCAGACUCAGACUCGGAAGAAGCCGAAAACUACCCAGGAAGAGAUCGCAGAAGCUGAUCCUGCAGAAUGCUGUCUCUGUGGGCAGACCAGCCGUGACAUCGAUCGCGCGGGCGAUGGCAUCGCUUUGGUCAAGUGGGUUAAGUAUGAUCGGAGCUCCGUGACUGGCCAGAUCAGGCUAUCAGGCAGAGGGUGCCACCACUGCUGGGACACCAAACGACGAUUUUUCGACUGCGCACUACAGGAGCUGGUGGACGAGAAGAAAAGUAACCCAACCUUCGACACUCGAUUCGGCCUCCUUCGGCGCGAUCGCGUCAGGAAAGAAGGGAAGUUCAAACACGAGGAGAAGAAGACACUCAAAUGCUGGACCGAAUCCUUCGAGGAGAGCUACGUGGACUCAUUCGAGGAGGGCGGCUUCUACAAGCUCUCGACCUUCUGCAAGAUCUACAAGGUGCCCUAUGCUCGCUCCGAUGUGGAAGAUGAGGUCAUCGAGAAGAUUCGCCAUAAGUACCCCGCUGCAGAGAUCUCCAGGGACACCAGGUUUCGCGCCAUGGGCGUGUGGGUGGUCAAUGAUCCGAACCCUCAGCUUGCAGAUGACAGGUUUCGGCGCGAAGUCAAGAGCGGUGCAGCCAACAAGAGAGUGGAGGAGCAUGCUGAUGAAGACCUUGCUGAUGAGGCCUACCAGCAGCAGAGGAAGGAUGUGGUCAACGUGGAGGACGUCGCCGAGUCCGACGCCGAUGCGGCAGAGUCCGAGGCGCCGCAGCGGGCCACGCCGAUGCAGUCUCCUUCUUCCGUUGGGCCAGGAGUGUUUGUGUUGCCGUUCGACGCCAAGUCUCGCGACUCUCGUGGCAGCGCCGUGGAGCUCAGCGUGGCCCGCGACGGCGACGACGACUACGCGGACGAUACUGGCGGCUCUGUGGCUGGGGGCAAGGCCAACAAGAAGUGUAGUCCCAAAGACGCUGCCGUGGGCAGGGCCUUGCUCAGGCGGGCCAAGGCGAUGGACGUCCAUGAUGCGGAGCAGCAGUGGAACAACCGCCCUAGGAAUCGAACUCACGAGGCCGCCACCACUGCUCUCGUCAAGUCGGCUCGCGAGCUCGCCAAGUUCCCUAGUGAUGAGGCCUGCCUGAAGCUGUCUGAGGAGGUCACCAUCCUGGCGCGCGAGAUGCAGGAUCGUAAACGUAUAUUUGAUGAGCUGAAGCAGGCCCCCGCUGAGUUUGUCAACCAGGUGUUCUCGGAUGAUGAUCGGAAGACGGUGCUAUCUUUGAAAUGUCCCCUCCUCGUGCAGAUUAUCCAACAGACAUCGUUCCAAUUGGCGUCCAUUGACCCCUCACUCAUGUUGAAGCUCGCCGAGUGCCCAAUCGACAUCGUCCCCGACACAGAUGCUCAGCCCCCUGGCUGGUUCCCGCUCUCACGCAUGUGUUUGGGGAUGGCCUUGCUAUCCUCGGGGUGCACCGACAGCAAUCCCACGGCCGAGACGGUCAUCGCGCUGCUCACCCGCACGCAGAACAGCAUCGUGGUGGACAUGGUGGAGCGGAUCUGCCUCGGCGCGAAGCAUGAGGACAACUGCGUGGCCAUGAUCGAGGAGGUGCGGUCGGCCUUGCAGCACUUUGCGCCCUUCGUGUUCGACGAUGCCGAAACGAUUACGUACGAGCGCGGGGAGACGAAGUGCGAGGUGCCGAUCAAGAACGGUUUGUUCAAGCAGGCUUACAUCGACCUCUCGAUGAUGAUCGUCGCGGGCGACGUCCUCAAGACCGUUCGUGCAGGGGGGGUCGUGUCAGGAGAGCUUCGCACCACUGCGAAGAAGAUGAUGGCUGCGAUCAAGAUGGCUUCGCCACGCCUUCGCAACCUCGCCACGGCUGCAGGCCUCAAGGGCUCAUGCAACCCGAACGCCAUCAAGCUCGCAUGGGACAAGUUGGCUGAGAUGUUUCCUAGCACGGACCCCGCUGCAAUCGCGAACGAGAUCGAUCGCGCCAACUCGGCCUUCCAGGAGAAGGUCAUGUCGUUGUGCAAGGGCCAUGCCGAAGCCGAGCCUUCCGAGGGGGAGGCUGAGGCGGCUGAGGCUACGGAUCCGCGGGUGGACGCCUUCAACAUGAUGGUCGGCCUCACUGAGCACACUGGC